CGCCACGCGAGCAUUCGUGUGCACAGCACGGCUCAUCGCCGAACCCGCCGUUUCUCGGGGCCCUUUCAAAAUUUACACUGACGGUGCUGGUGCGUCUAACCAGCCCGUACCUGGACACGCUGGCCACCAACCCUCCGUAGUAGCGCCGCCCCGAACGCGUGCCAAUCCGCACGAUGUGAGUCGACAGGAUUCCAGUCCGCGUCGACGACACAGGACGGGUUGAGUGACGUGGACCACUUCGCACGGUUCCGUAGCCGCUGAGGAAACGUGAGCAUCGCCAAGACUCAUUUUGCAGACAUGUUCGACUGCUGCUACCGUGGCCUGAAGGCCAAAGAAUCAUCAGACAAUGUGGUCCCGAAGCGAACCUUUCUAAUGAAGAAUACUGGUACGAAGCCGUCCAUCGGUCAGCUCUCCGCCGCCACGGUGGAGCACUCGACGCAGGAGGACUCCGAGGAAAAACAUCCGCGAAACUUUGUGAUUCGGGCAAUGCGACCCGAGGAGCUAGAAGCGGCCUACAAAAUUCGUCUUCAGACAGAUUACGUGUUCUCCAAGAACAGCAUCCAGACAUCGUGGAAGUUGCAGCCGGACAGCUUCUUGGUUGCCGUCAGCGACGACGGUGAAGUGUACGGCACCAUUUCGAUGGUCAAGUACAGUGAAGACGUGAUGUUCCUGGGCCUGCUGGUCGUGAGGGAGGACGUGCGCCACCGGCACAUCGGCACCGAGCUCCUCAAGGCGGGUUUCGAGAAGGCGGGCAACAAGAACAAGUUCAUGCGCUGCAUCUUGCCGCUGGAGCCGCUGUUCAACCGCAUGAACUUGUUCAUGAUGCGUUCGCCCGUGCUGCUGGGCCGUAAUGAGCCUGUCAAGGUGGACGAGGCCAAGGUGAUGGUGAUGGAUACGCGUGGUGUGACCGUCAAGCCUUUCGACAACGCCAUUUGGGACAGGCUGCGAAAGUACGACGAGGUCUUGAUGACCGUGGACCGGUCGAAGAUGCUGCAGGCCUUCAUCGAGGAGGAAGGCUCGACCACCGAAGUGGCUGUGCGAGAGGACGGCUCCGUGGCCGGCUACAGCAUCGUGCAGUACAUGACUGACGACUCGUGGUACUUCUACAUGCUGGCCGCUGACACGCAGGAUGUGGCGCGCAUGCUCAUCGGCAGCUUCGUGCAUGGCUGCCCGACGGCCAAAGACAAGGGUGUCGUGCUGGUCAGCCCACUCUGGCCCACCGAGGAAGAGUCCUUCAUCGUGCGUUCCCUCGGCUGGAGCGUUGGCAAACGCUCCGUCUGCCGCUUCACUGACCACGAGCUCAAGUUCGACUACAGCAGGAUAUUUUCCAUGUAGACAUUCGUAAAGUGGGGCCCACGCUGCCUCGCUGUAGCACAGAUGCCGCGCAAGUGCUGAAAAUAAACAAUAAAUAAAUUGCAAAAAGUCCCACGCAGUGGCAUGCGUAUGCACAGUGGAUCUCGGCAUAGGGGAUCGAUUAGUAGACUUACUGGGCACUGCAUUAGACACAGCUUGAACCGCAAUGGCUACUGCUGUAGGUCAAGAUGGUCGCUAGCUUCUAUUGAUUCGGCGUGACAACGCUGUUAAUAAAUUGGGACUUUUCGUGGGAUUUGAACCGUGUAACCUUACU